UAGAUCCGUCAGGAGGUUUAAUCCUCCGCAGCCGCAGCAGCAGCAGCCGGUAACCAGAGGAGGGGGUAGCACGGUCGGACAGGAAUGGACCGUUCGGGCGAGGCUGUUCCACAACCAGGCCGAAAUAGCUCGGUGUUUUAGAAAGACGCUCGAAUCGCCGAGCCAGACAGAGAUUACGAACCGGACGGGUCGAGUCUCUGCACAGGCCGGGCCCCCUCCUCACCGCCACAGACCCGGUUGAUACACUUCCAUUUUCUGUUCCCGGUUCCGACCUUCAGCCUCGGUGUCGCCGUCAGCUGCUGCGCAUCAGCGAAACAUGCAGGAUGAGCUUGUGGGGGUGACAACCACGACGACCCCCCCACCAACCGAGGAACCGGAGAGCAGCACUGCCCCACAGCCGAAACCAACCGCUUUCACACCGGAUUAUACUCAUCCGAACCCGACACAGGGUCGUUUCACCGCGACGCAGUCUAUCUGUGACCUUCAUCUGAGACUUCAGCCGGAGUCCCCCCCGACCCAGGAAGCCCUCGGUCACCUGCCGCAGAGGAGGGCCUUCGCUCCCGCUGACCCCCGGUGCCCUCCAGAAGCCGAUGCUGCGCCGCCUUCACCCACUUCCGUAAACCCGAACACGGCCCAAAUGGACUCUCCUGUCGCCCAGCAUUUGAGCAAUGGCAGCAGCGGCACCGGCAGUGUGUUGUCCGGUGGACUCGGCGCCGCCUUUCCUAACCUCCCCACCCAGGAGAUCCAGAGCGCCAGCGGGGGGUCGUCCUCACCGUCGCUCCCCGGCUUCCCCCCCACACCCUGGUCCGUCCAAACCAGCUCAUCGCCUCCACCCAUCCACUCCAUGAACCAGAUCCCGAAUAACGAGCCAGAUAACAGCUUCUACCCGGGUAUCCCGUCCUCCAUCAACCCGGCCUUCUUCCAGAGUUUCUCACCGGUCGCGGCUAAUCCCUGCGCCGGGAUUAAUGUGCAGGGCUUCAGCGGUCCAUUCUCGCCUCAGAUAAAUGUCCCCCAGCAAGGCCAGAACCGCAGAUCGCCCGUCAGCCCUCAGAUGCAUCCCCAGCAGCAGGGAGCCUUCCUGCAGCAGAGGAACAACUACAACCAGACCAUGGCAAAGCCGUCUCCUUGGGGCAGUCAUCAGGGGAAUGGAUGGGGAUCUGCAGGGAUGUCCUGGGGCCGGGACCGUCGAGGAGGGGGCAUGGGCGCACCUGGAUCAGUGAGUCACGCCUCACCCUUGAAGAAGCCCUUCUCAAGCAACGUCAUCGCGCCCCCAAAGUUCCCACGCUCCGCCGGCUCACUGGGCCCUAAGUCCUGGAUGGAGGAGAACAUGUUUCGCACAGACAGCAACAGCAACACCCUGUUGCCUCUUCAGGACCGCACCAGGAUGUAUGACACGCUGAGCAUGCACUCCCUGGAGAGCUCCCUCAUCGACAUCAUGCGAGCUGAACAGGAUCCCAUGAAAGGCCGCGUAGGAUGCCCCAACCCCGGGGCUGACGGCCUUCUCAUGCUCAAUGCCAGGAGCUUUGGGAGACGUCGAGGACGCUCCUCUCUCUUUCCUAUCGAUGACAAUCUCCUUGACGAUGGACAUGGCAACCAAGGAGUUCCAGGAGUUCUUGGCUCUCCCAACUGUUUCCCGCAUCAGAACGGGGAGCGCAUUGAACGCUUCUCUCGUAAGGUGUUUGUUGGAGGUCUGCCACCUGACAUUGACGAAGAUGAAAUUACCUCAAGCUUCCGCCGCUUUGGUCACCUGGUAGUGGACUGGCCACACAAAGCCGAGAGCAAGUCCUACUUUCCCCCUAAAGGAUACGCCUUCCUGCUGUUCCAGGAGGAGACGUCAGUACAGGCUCUCAUUGAGGCCUGCAUGGAGGAGGACGGGAAGCUCUACCUGUGUGUGUCCAGCCCCACCAUUAAGGACAAACCUGUGCAAAUACGACCUUGGAACCUGAGCGACAGCGACUUCGUCAUGGAUGGCUCGCAGCCUUUGGAUCCCCGCAAGACCAUCUUUGUGGGAGGUGUCCCUCGUCCCCUGAGAGCAAUCGAGCUGGCGAUGAUCAUGGACCGCCUCUACGGUGGAGUCUGCUACGCCGGAAUUGACACUGAUCCAGAACUCAAGUAUCCCAAGGGUGCAGGGCGUGUGGCUUUUUCUAACCAACAGAGUUACAUCGCUGCCAUCAGUGCAAGAUUUGUUCAGCUGCAACACGGAGACAUCGACAAGCGGGUGGAGGUGAAGCCCUACGUCCUGGACGAUCAGCUCUGCGACGAGUGCCAGGGUGCCCGCUGCGGUGGCAAAUUUGCCCCAUUUUUCUGCGCUAACGUCACCUGUCUCCAGUAUUACUGCGAGUUCUGCUGGGCCAACAUCCACUCACGUGCCGGCAGAGAGUUUCACAAACCCCUGGUGAAAGAGGGUGCCGACCGCCCGCGGCAGAUCCACUUCCGCUGGAACUAGAGAUGACACGGUAACGCCGUGGGGGAGAGGGGAAGGAAAGACAGGCUAACUGGAGGAGGAUCAUUUCUCUGCCUCUCCUCGUGUCCUAAACGCUGUCAGUAUAAUUGAGUCUGCGACACUUAACAGUAUGUCCGAUAUAAAUCUAUAAACCUUUUGUAGCAGCCAAACACCACAAGCCUCAGUUUUUCACCAAACCCCCCUCACAUCUCAGGCUCUAACAACUCUUUUUUGGAACCUUCAUCUUUUUCUAAGACGAGAUUUAAAAACGAAAAAAGAAAUGAUUUUUAUAGUUUUUUUAAUUAUUAUUUUUCUAUGUGAAAUUUAAAGUAGAUAUGGGAAUGUUGUUUUUUUUCGCAUGGGGGCAGCUCGUCUGUCUGUCUGCUGCUAACCACCCACACGGUGCAGAGCGUGCACACCUGUUUCUGGGGAAAUUUUGAUUCUCUAUUGCCGAUGCCAGGCCCAGGUUUAAAACCAAAGGUAGCAAAACGAUAGGAAGCUGAUAAUUGACACUUUUUGAAUGAGCAUUGUCUAUCAACUCAUUAUUCUCCUGGGGUAGAAAACGUUAGUAGGGAAACUUCUGCAUUAUACCUCAAACAUACCGAAUCUGGUUUCUGCUUAAUGUACUGUUUCUGCUCAACAAGCUAUUUUAGGAACUUUGCUGCUAUAUGUACACACAAGUAGAUAUGUAGGUAUUAUAGUUAAUGCCGUUUAUAAACCAGAAUCAUGUUAAAUACAAAUGCAGUAUGCACUCAAACACUUCUGGGCCCCAGUGCAGUGGAACAAGACAAGUGCAUGUUAAGAUAGAGAGUAAAUGUAGAGUUAGCUACACAAAAAGCAUGCAGGAUGGGAGUUAAAAAAAAAGAAAACAAACCACUGAAAUCAAAAAAUCUGUAGUGAGUAGCAUGAUGAUCUACGACAGAUGCCUACAAAGUAAAUCGAAGAAGUAUUUAAAAAACCUAUUUAAACGUGCAUGCGUUGAUGUUGUUUGAUCUGUUUACAUAGUUAACCAUACAGAAGUGAUGAAGUGAAGCCAUUAUUUUGUGACACUAUGGCCUGUUUUGGCAAAAAAAAAAAGUUGGGAAGCAGAGUGCUGUUCAGUGGUUUGUGUUUGUGUCGUCCUCGUGCUGUGACUGUGCUGAGACAGGCUGCUGUUGCCGACCCAUAUACCCACAUCUUUCUGCCAGUUAGUAGGUUAAUCUGAGCAUCGUCCUGGCAGAACAAACUUGAUAAGCUGGGCCAGUUUGUUCUAAUGUCGAUGCUGCGGCUCCAGAUUUGUGGUCCGUUUUCACUGAAAGGUUGAGUCUACGUCCACGUUGCUUCGUUUUCAUUUGAAUUGAAGUCUCUUGUGAUGCUAGCUGCCUGUGUUUCUGUGGAGUCGUCACGCUGUGUCAAUAUUUGUCAGCAGCUAGCUGGGUGGAUCACAAAAUAACUGUUCUGAUCAGUGCAGAAAUCGCUCUUGCAGCAUCGCCAAGCAUUCAUAUGACUGGGAAUAGUAUGAUUUUGCUGCAGCCACUUUUCCUUCUCAAGCUUGGUACUAAAACGGCCGCUUUGUUUGCAUACACACAUAAAAAAAGUUCACUCAAUUUCAUCCAUUCAUCAAUGAACGGGCUAACAUGACACGCUUUUACACUGAAAUCCUGGCCAUGUGGACGUAGACCAACUUUUCAUCCUUUAAUCUGAAGGCAACAGUGACUUUCAUGACCUAGUAUUGUUUAUACUGUUAUUUUGAAGUACUCUUGAAACUCUUUGGGACAAUCGUUCUGUGAGCGGAGGACGGCGACCCGGCCUUCUGUUUGGUACUGUACAAGUGUCUCUGGUGUCGUCGUGGCUUUGUGUUCCAUGCCCCACUGUGUGCUCCUUGAUAUCGAUGUUCCGGCGUCAAUUGUGUACUGUUACAAAACCUUAACGGAGCUGAGUUUAUUUACUUAAAAAGCCAGUUCCUGUUAAUGAGUUUGUGUCUACUACUUGCCCCCACUGGCCCUCCAGUAUGUUUUUAUAUUCUAUAUUAUGCACUACUUUUCUAUUCCCCUUGUUUUUCUUAUUAACCCCAAAGUGAUUACAGUGCAAAUGUGGAUUCUUUAAAAAAAAAAAACCCACGUAUUUAUAAUUCUAUAAGUGAUAUAUUAAAUUUUAUUUUUUCAUGAUUGAUUAUUUAAUAUAUAGGUAGUGGUCUUAAUUUAUCUGUGUUCUUGUGUGUGUAUAGCUGGAAUCCAAUAUUUUCUAAUAUAUUCUAAUGUAGUUUUGAACAGACAGGGAGUCAGAUGGAGAUUUAACCAAGGACAGUCCCGUCGUCCUCGUGGCUUUAGUCGUCAUGCGAACGUGUGUGAAUAUCGUCACCUGUAACACUUGACUCGUGCUGUUUUUGUGAGCUUCUAUUUUCUAUGUUGAACACUGUUACAAUGUUCCGUAUGUGACUUUGUUUUUUUUGUAAAAAAUCAUAUUUAUUUCACUAUUUUUGUAGACAAAAAAAACUAUUUGCUUUUGAUUGUAUUUUUCUAUUUAUAUAGAAUUAUUAUACAGUUUUAUUUCCCCCUUCCCUCACAAUGCCUAAUAUGUCCAGAAGUUUUGUUCAAAGACAGCAAAUCACGUCAUGCGUAAACACGUCAAGUUUUGAUGUAUUGAUUCUUAUUUUCAUACACUCUUCACGCUUCAAAUGAAGGAAACAUGAAGGUUAUAUUAUAUUCUUGGAAGACACUUGAGAUUCUCCCCUGUCGCGUCGAGGCUCCGGUUUGUCCGUGCAGAUGCGCUGAAACUUGAAUAUAACACAUUUUGAAAGGCUGACUAACCUCGAAUCUGUGUUGUGAUGUGCAAUACUGUUUCUAAUGUUUGUAUAAAAGUAAGAAUUACAGUGUAAACCUUUUUACUGCAGAUUUAUUUUUUUCAUUGCAUAUUUUGCAGAUUUCUGAUCCACAGUGUCAUUUUUUACUACUAUCAGAUAAUGAACCCCUUUUUUUCAUUGCAACUAUUUUUAAAUCCAGAUAUCUUUGUACUGAUGUAAAUGAUUGUAGUUAUUUUGGAUAGUGUUUUGCUAACAAAAGGAAAGACUUUUUUCAUGCAUAUUUCUAUUUCAUUUCAUCCGGUUUAACCCACAGUUUUAUUUAAUGUAUUAGUAGCAAAAUUCUCAAUAUUUUUUCCAUACUAAAUAUCACCUGUUUUUGUAUUUGCAAAGAUGUUAUUUGCGGUCGGUUUAUUUUAAAGGCUAAUUAUUUGUUACCUUGUUUAAUUACGAAUCAAAACCUGUCUAUAAAUUAAAAAGAAGUGGUUAAUAAGGUAUUUGGAUUGUAAUUAUUACUGAGCGGUUCUUUGAUAUGCAAAAUCAAUACCAUGUCUAUUCUAAGUUUUGGUUGAGUUUUGUAUUUAAAUGGGGUGUUGAACCUGUUUUUUCCUCACUUCCUCAAUAAAGAUCUAUUCUGUUUGGACACUAAA